AUGGCGCCACCCGUAAGGUACUGCAUCCCCGGCGAACGUCUGCGUAACUUGGAGGAAGGCAGCCCAGGCAGCGGCACCUAUACACAGCACGGAUACAUCUUUUCUUCCCUCGCCGGCUGUCUAACGAAGACCAGCGAGAACGGCGCGCUCCCGGUAGUGUCUGUGAUGAGAGAAGCGGAAUCCCAAUUACUUCCAGAUGUGGGCUCUAUUGUAACAUGUAAGGUCUCCAGCAUCAAUUCAUGUUUUGCCAAAGUCCACAUCCUCUACGUGGGAUCCACACCUCUUAAGAACUUUUUUCGAGGAACUAUCCGGAAGGAAGAUGUUCCAGCCACUGAAAAAGACAAGGUUGAAAUAUACAAGAGUUUCUGUCCAGGGGACAUUGUCUUGGCCAAAGUGAUCUCUCUAGGUGACACCCAGUCCAACUACCUGCUGACCACAGGUGAAAAUGAGCUGGGAGUGGUGGUGGCCCAUAGUGAGUCAACUGUCCAGCUGGUUCCCAUCAGCUGGUGUGAGAUGCAGUGCCCUAAGACCCACACUAAGGAGUUCCGGAAAGUGGCCUGCGUGCAGCCUGAAUUCUUGCAGACCUAGGAGGCCAUGUUCAACCCCCCGAGGGCUCAGCUGUUUCUGAGAGCAUAGGUAUGAAAACAGCACCCGGAUGCAUUGUCUAUCGUCAAAG